UAUUUAAAAUUAAAUGCCAAAAUAAAUCCUUCUGGCAGAAAUGAUUUGCAUCAUUCUUGUGGCAGGCCAUGGAACAAUACUGGAAAAUGAAAUCAAGAAUGACAAGACCGGUGCAUUUACUCAUCUUCAAGGGGUCCCUAAAGCCUUACUUCCAGGAGUUGGUGGUAAAAAGAUUCUUGAUUUUUGGUGGGAUGCAAUCAAUGUGAGACAGUAUUUCACCGCGGUAUACUUGGUGACAAAUGCAGACAAAUACAAGCAUUACGAACGAUGGGCGACAGCCCACGAUUUUCCAAAGGAGAACAUUGUGAACGAUGGAUCAACAACGUUUCAAUCUAGACUUGGUUCUGUCGCCGACUUUGAGCUGGUAUUGCGCAACAAGAAUAUUCAGGACGAUGUUUUGGUGGUAGCUGGUGACAUGCUGUUUCAAGAUCAAAAGUUUGACAUAUGUCAAGUAAUUAACUAUUUUAAAACAAAGAAAGGAGAACUUGCAAUUUACUAUGAAAUGGAUGAGGGUGAAAGCACUCGAUCACGCGGAAUCAUUGAAGUUUGUCCUACAACAAACAAAAUUUGUAAAUUUCUUGAAAAGCCUGAACCCCAUGAAACGAAGUCGAGGUUAGCUAGCGUGGUUUUUUACUGUCUUCGCAAAGAAACAUUGUAUACGGUUGAUACAUUUCUGCAAGAAAACCCGAAAUCGGACCAAAGAGUGUUUGGAAAAUACAUGGAAUGGCUGGUGAUGCAGACCCCAGUUUUUGGAAUGAAAUUACCAACAGGAUUUCAGUUGAUAGGACAAGUGGGUCUGUCUGAUUACAAAAGAUGGGUUGCUUACUUUGCGGGUAUUAAAAAUCAGGCUGUGAAGAAUUCGUUUGUGUCACGUGUAUAUGCAAGGAUAGGCUUGGUUGGCAAUCCUUCCGAUGGUUUCUAUGGUAAAACAAUUUCUAUGUCAAUUUCAAACUUUUGGGCUGAAGUUACAAUUACAGAGAGUGAAAAACUAGUUUUAGUUCCACAUCCUUUGAACGAUCCAACAGAGUUUGGAAGCUUAGGGGAUCUUCAUGGCAUAAGUAGAAAAGAGGGAUAUUUUGGUGGACUGCGAUUGCUGCAAGCGACGUGUAAGAAAUUUUAUCAAUAUUGUUCAGAGCAAGGGAUUGCGUUAGCAAAAAGGAAUUUUACGCUCAAAUAUGACACCAACAUUCCUCGUCAAGUAGGAUUAGCUGGAAGCAGUGCCAUUGUAACCGCGACGUUGAGGUGUCUAAUGGAGUUUUUCAACCUGAACGAUCUGGAUCUUGAAAAACCAAUCCAACCUCGAUUCAUAUUAGACGUUGAGAAAGAUGAACUCUUUAUAAAAGCUGGUUUACAGGAUCGAGUGAUUCAGGUUUAUGAAGGUCUUGUUUACAUGGACUUCAACAAAGAUCUGAUUGAUAAACAAGGAUACGGAAACUAUGUCCAUUUAUCUGUUAAUCCAAAGCCAAACUUAUGGCUUGCUUAUGUCACAGAUCCCAGUGAUUCAGGAAAAUUUCACAGUGACGUCACGCAGAGAUGGAAUCAAGGUGAUAAGGAUGUUGUCGCUGCCAUGAAGGAAUUUGGAGAUUACACUGAUCAGGCGAGGGAUGCUCUUGAAAAGAAGGAUGUAACACGCUUGGCAAAUAUUAUGAACAAGAAUUUUGAUUUGAGGAGGAAAAUUUACGGCGAUUCUGCUUUGGGAGAGUCGAACCUACGGAUGGUUGAAAUCGCUCGUCAGUUUGGAUCUGCAGUUAAAUUUCCAGGAAGUGGAGGAGCUGUAAUUGGCUUAUGUCUAGAUAACCAGCAUAAGAGCGAACUUAGAAAAGCGUUUCAAGCUGAAGGAUUUGUAUUUUGUGAUAUCAUUCCAUAUCCUCCCCCUAGUUAAUGCUCAAACUCUGACUUCCACCGCCGAACACCGCGAUGUCGAAAGUUGAAGAUACACAUAUACUUGUUAUUUUACAACACGGCUGCACUGCCACUAGGAUACCAAAGACUUUGUCUUUUACACAUAAUUUCGAGUAUAAAUGUCUAAAUUUUUAAAUAGCCUGCGCUGUUGGCUGCUAGGAUGUAUAUUUACGACGUCAACGAGUUGCAAAAAAGCCGCGGGCAUGCGGGUACAACACGCGAUAUUCGCGAAGACCCCGCGAAUAGUAGAACUGCAAAACAGAAAUAGCAUAUCCAGGUAGUCUAAAUGGCGAGAAAGGACUGGGACUAGUUGUCAAAUUGAAAUCCAUUUUUUACGCUUGAAACAUACUAUAUUUCGGUUUCAAAUUUAUGUCAGAGCUAUAGUUUUUAUUACUAAACACAAUCACAAAAUUUCGACUGGUUUUAUAAAGAACAACGAUGGAUAUAUAUAAACGAAUACAUAUUGCAAAAUGGAUUUCUUUUUUGACUAUCUUUUGCGCGUUGAUUGGCUGAAAUAUGCAUGAGAUGAGCGCGAGGUCGCUCUUUUCAAGUACUUUUCAAGAAGAAGAAUAUUUAUUUUUUUACAAAUCAGCAGCGGGCGGAAUCCUAGUCUUUCCUGCAAUUUGAUUGGCUGUAGCAGCGGGCAGAAUUUUACGAUAUCUAACCACGGUCCGGAAUCCUAUAUUUUCUAGAGCGAAAGCGUCUAUUUUGAAAUAUAUGCAUGCACAAAUGAUUAUCACGAUAAAUUGAAGUGAAUUUUGGUAUACGAAUGAGGUUUUGGUCAUGAUUGUUUAUGUUUUUGUCCCCACUGUCACUGAUUGCUGAGUCUGCAUGACUACACAAUUAUAAUCCGACCGAAAGCUGCCAGAAUAUUUUUCUAUCAGGACCUUGCAGCCAGUAAAUAACAUAUAGAUUUUAUACUGACAUAUAUCCUUCAGUCAUCAAUACUUCACUUGCCUAUAAUAUUUUACUCUGUGUAAUACAAGACAUCUUUAGAAGAGAAUUUGCGAUUCCAAAUUGAAGAUUUUUACAUUUGUAGUUUAAUGUAAACUUCAGACAGAAAAUUACCUCUUAACCCCUUUACAGGUAGCCUGCUACCAGGCGCACACGCCGUAGUAAAUAAAUAAUAUUGGAUGAGGUUUUUCCGUUUUUGUGAUAUGCGGAAUAAUCAAGGUCGAGGUAAGCUUUAUCAGCCGAGCCGAAGAGACAGAAAUGUCAACACAUUGAAAUUAUUGAAUUGUCGAGGUAAGCGUUGUUAGCCGAGCCGAAGGCGAGAAUUUUAUGGAAUUAUCAAGGUCGAGAUGAAAUUAUCAAGGUCGAGAUAAACGUUAUCAGCCGAGCCGAAGGCGCAUAUCACAAAAACCGAAUUCAAUAAUUAUUUUAUUAUACAUUUGAAGAAUAAUAAACAUAGUGAAGUUUGAAAAUCUAUCCAUAUUUGCUUUUUUCUACGACUACGUUUGUUUUCCUUUAGAAAUAAAUAUCGCUUGGUAACCACCGCAGGCCCACUUGCAGAUAACUCAUCUGCUAGCAGAUAACUGAAUUUUGCGUGAUUGCGCGAUUUAACUGUCAACUAUUAGCCAAUCAAAUUGCUUUUGGAAAAUGAGUUGUAUUGCUUACUCGAAGAAAAAAACGCGGAAAAUACCAAAAAAUAAUAAGAUAAGUAAAUAAUUGGAACUGUUCGCCACCGACAAAUCACGAUAUUUUGUGAGACCUCGUCCAAUAAUUGAUUAUUAUAAUCUAUACAUGUAAACAUACUACGGCGUGCGCGCCUGGUAGUGGCCUACGCUCAACCUGCCUAUUUUUGAAUCGUACAUUGAAUGUCUGAAAUUUUAAUUCGAGUCGGUUUUAAUCUUGAAUUUGUUCCUUAUUAUCAACUGGUUAUGACUCAUGGUUUCUGUUCAUAAAAUACUAAUUCAUUUUUAACACUUGACAAGCGACAACCCGACAAUAACAGCUUUUACUUAUU